ACAAACGCACGAAGCGUACGAAACUUCUCGAAACGCACAGGUAAACGGAGUGUCCACACCGGAGUAGUCCGGUGUUAAAACAGCGCCGACAAAGGGGAUGGCACUGACUUCCACGCCAUUUUUGCGUGCAACUAUCAUCUGAAUCUCACCUAUCCAACACCUCUAGUAUUAAAUAUUAAAUCAUUGCAUAGCCACUUUACAAGAAAAAGAUGUCCAAUAAGAAUUCGGAGGCGCCCCACACCGAAACCGAAAACUUUGCGUUUCUCACCUCGGCAAUCACAUGGAGAGAACCGAAAAACAGGGAAACCUCGGAUGAUAACGGUAAUCAUGCCGAGAAUCAACUCCGGGAGAAUCUGCUUGCAUGUGGCAGUGCAACCAAAGUAAGAAAUGCUUCCAAUGAUAGUUUUGAUGUGGACUAUGACCUGAUUGUUAACCCGUUUAUGGUGAGGGCUUUGGAUGUCACCAAGUUUCAAAUUUUAUAUGAUCAUGAAUCUGAUGAAACAGAAAUAAUAUCCAAGACAUUUUCUCCUACAAUGGCACAUCAAGUUUUUGGCACAGAAGAGGUGAUAACUGGAUAUAGAAACCUUCUCAUCAAUUUCACAAUACUACCCAAUAGUUUUCAUACUAGUAUGGAGUACACCUACUCAGCAAUGGCAAACAAUCCACUCAGAUUGGAAAUAGCUGAUAAUAUUGAUGAGAAACUCCAGGAAUGGUUUCCACAUUUAAUCAAACCUGAAGAAUUGAUCAAACUCAAAGAAAGUGAAGAUUUAAUGAAGAUGUUUGGUGAUAUUGUGUUGUCAUUUCAACUCCAUGAUAAAGAUAAUAUACCCACAAAUAUUUAUAUUACAAAAUGUGAUCCAAAUGUGGCGGCGUUUUUAGACUUUCACAAACGUUUCCAGGCGCUGAUAGUCUUCUUUAUUGAUGCUGCAUCAAUCAUAGACUACACAGACCCCAACUGGGUGUAUUAUUAUGUCUAUAAAGAGGUUUUAAAAGACGGCAAAGUUGUAUCGCGUCUACCGAUUGGUUUCUGCACGGUUUACAUGUUUACAGUCUCGAAACGUGCGAGAGUCUCGCAGUUUUUCAUUUUACCAAACUACCAACAACGUGGGCUUGGUUUGAGGCUCUUAGGGUUGAUUUAUAGAGAAUUUCAAAAUCAAGACGACUUUAAAUAUAUCACUGUGGAAUGUCCAUGUGAAGAAUUUUCUAUGCUCAGAGACAAAUUAGACCUGGCAUUCAUUGCAAAUCUACCAGAGUUCUCAAAAGAAUGCGUUUUGCAAGGCUACACACCCGCAAUGGGCAUUUUAGCGCAAAAACGCUGGAAGUUAACAAGCGAACAAGUGCGACAUCUUGUGGCUGUGCUUAGAUGUUACUAUACCAAGACUGAUCCCGAACAACAUGAAAUGUUCAUAAGAAAUUUAAAACUAAAUAGUUAUAAUAAUUAUAAGAAAAAAUUAACUCGAAUCUCAAGCAAAGCAGCCAAAGAAGAGCGCGUUGCGCGUCUGAAACGCAUCGUCGAUGAUGAUUACAUGCUGAACCGCACGAUUCACCGCGACGUCGUCAACUACGUGAAGCGAAUGCUGCCGCACAUGAAAUACGUCGAGAGUUUGUUAGCGCAAGCGUCAUCCAAAGUUUAAGUGUUUUAAAUCUGAUAGUUUCUAUGAUGUUAUAGCGAAACGGAAUCUCGGAGUACGCCAUCUUUAAUUUAUAUACUAUUGCAUGUUUAACUCGAUUUUGUUACGGUCAAGAAGUAUAUAAUUCAAUUGUUGGGUGGUUUCUCAGUAAAUAAUUCUAUUUGGUCGAUAAAUAA